AGACAACUGCAUGUAAAAAAAAAGUAAAAAUGGCUGGACAAGAAGUCUUAUUUUGCAGCGUCAUUAACCAAUUACGAUCAUCUCAAGAUGCUCUUGUGACAGUGAUACACUGGAAUUUAAUCUCAAAUGGAUUUAAAUGCUGUGGAAUAGGAGAUGAUGAGAAAGCAAAGAAUCAGAAGAAGAGUGAAAUGUUACCUAAUGGUUGGAAUUCUAAUCAAGACAUGUAUACCCUGAGAUACAAGGAUUCCUCUGAUAAAGUACACAUACUAAAGAUUAUGAGAGUUGACGAAGACUUACUGGUUCAUUUCAUGGACAUCAAGUCUGAGAAGGUGACAAGUAUAAAUAUCAGCACAACAGACUAUACAACUGGUGACCUGUCGUCUUUUGAUGAAGCAUUUAAGCAUUUAGGGAAGCUUACAAAGCAGUUAAAGAAGGAGAUAAUUGAUGAAAUAACAAAAUCACCAGCGUCAGGAAGUUCAACUGAACCUUCAAGUUCAAGGCCACAGAGGUCAAGGUUACAUGAUGAUGACCAUGACCCUUUACGUGUACCACCUAGGCAUCCACAUAGACAACCUGUUCCUGGAUGGAAUGACCCAGAUGAUCCAUUUUCUGUUGGUAGAGGUGACCUUGACCCUUUUGGUAGAACUGGAGGAGGUAUGGUGUUUGAUCCGUUCCAUCCUGGUGGUAGAAGAGGGGGACCAGAUCCUAGUGCUGGUCUUCCUGGUAGAUUACCAAGAGGAGCUGUUCCACCUGGUGCUCGAUUUGAUCCCUUUGGUCCACCUGGAACUGGUCCUGGACCUGAUCCUGAUCAUUUACCACCACCUGGAUAUGAUGACAUGUUUAUGUGAGAGAGAUCUGCUAAAAACAAGACUUUUUAUUGGUUGUUAAAUUAACUCACUAGGUUUUGCCCUAGAUAUUGAACCCUGCCAUGUGUUUUAUAGAAACAUAUUGUCUAUUUCAGACCUGAUCCUGAUUAUUUACCACCACCUGGAAAUGACGACAUGUUUAUGUGAGAGAGAUCUGCUAAAAACAAGACUUUUUUUUAGUUGUAUGCAUGUUAAUUUCAUUAUUAAAGUUAUAGUUGAUUAUA